CACGCCGAACACGCAGCCCCCUCCCGCCUGAGUGACAACUGGCCAGCGUACUCUCAGCUGAUGUCCCUUUAAAACUCGAAUCCAAGGGGGUAAUGAUUUAUCAAACUUGUAUUAUCAAGAAAAUGUCAAACGAAGGGCACCUUGCUUUGCACUGACGCAAACCCGGCCUUUCCCAAGGAGAUAUAGAAGGCGCCUCUCUUGCUGGAGCCAAACCCAGUCUUGUCAAUAGCUGGUCUCACUCUCUACUCGUUGACUCUGUUGCCCGUUUCAGACAUGGAUUGCAGUGCUCCCAAGGAAAUGAAUAAACAACCAGCCAACAGCCUGGAGGCGACGGUGCCCCCGGGCCACCACGAUGGCCCGUGCGCACCUAGGACGAGCCCGGAGCAGGAGCUUCCCGCGGCCACCGCCGCGCCGCCGCCGCGUGUGCCCAGGUCCGCUUCCACCGGCGCACAAACUUUCCAUGCCCCCGACGCGCGAGCCUGCGAGGCCGAGCGGCCCGGAGGAGCCGGGGCUUGCAAACUGAGUAGCCCGCGGGCGCCGGCGGCCUCGGCGGCUCUGCGGGACUGGAGCGAGGCGCACUGUGCGCAGACCGCCCCUCCUUCAGGGGGAGCCGGGCCCGGCAACGCGCUGCCUUGUAAGAUUCCGGCCCUGCGGGGCCUGGAGGGGGAUGCGAAUGUGAGUGUGGGGAAGGGCACCCUGGAGCGGAACAAUACCCCGGCCGUGGGCUGGGUGAAUAUGAGCCAGAGCACCGUGGUGCUGGGCACGGAUGGAAUCACGUCCGUGCUCCCGGGCAGCGUGGCUACCGCUGCCACCCAGGAGGACGAGCAAGGGGAUGAGAAUAAGGCCCGAGGGAACUGGUCCAGCAAACUGGACUUCAUCCUGUCCAUGGUGGGGUACGCAGUGGGGCUGGGCAAUGUCUGGAGGUUUCCCUACCUGGCCUUCCAGAACGGGGGAGGUGCUUUCCUCAUCCCUUACCUGAUGAUGCUAGCUCUGGCAGGGUUGCCCAUCUUCUUCCUAGAGGUGUCCCUGGGCCAGUUUGCCAGCCAGGGGCCUGUGUCUGUGUGGAAGGCCAUCCCAGCCCUGCAAGGCUGUGGCAUCGCAAUGCUGAUCAUCUCUGUCCUAAUAGCCAUAUACUACAAUGUGAUUAUCUGCUACACACUUUUCUACCUGUUUGCCUCCUUUGUGUCUGUGCUGCCCUGGGGCUCCUGCAACAACCCUUGGAACACGCCAGAAUGCAAAGACAAAACCAAACUUUUAUUAGAUUCCUGUGUGAUCAAUGACCAUCCCAAAAUACAGAUCAAGAACUCGACUUUCUGCAUGACUGCCUAUCCCAACUUGACAAUGGUUAACUUCACCAGCCAGGCCAAUAAAACGUUCGUCAGUGGGAGUGAAGAGUAUUUCAAGUACUUUGUGCUGAAGAUUUCUGCAGGGAUUGAGUAUCCUGGUGAGAUCAGGUGGCCACUAGCCUUCUGCCUCUUCCUGGCUUGGGUGAUUGUGUAUGCCUCCUUGGCGAAAGGAAUCAAGACUUCAGGAAAAGUGGUGUACUUCACAGCCACCUUCCCGUACGUUGUGCUCGUGAUCCUUCUCAUCCGAGGCGUCACCCUGCCUGGAGCCGGCGCUGGGAUUUGGUACUUCAUCACGCCAAAGUGGGAGAAACUCACAGACGCCACGGUGUGGAAAGACGCUGCCACUCAGAUUUUCUUCUCUUUAUCUGCUGCAUGGGGAGGCCUGAUCACUCUCUCUUCUUACAACAAAUUCCACAACAACUGCUACAGGGACACGCUAAUUGUCACCUGCACCAACAGUGCCACGAGCAUCUUCGCCGGCUUCGUCAUCUUCUCAGUCAUCGGCUUCAUGGCUAACGAACGCAAGGUGAACAUCGAGAAUGUGGCCGACCAAGGACCAGGUAUUGCAUUCGUGGUUUACCCAGAGGCCUUAACCAGGCUGCCCCUCUCUCCCUUCUGGGCCAUCAUCUUUUUCCUGAUGCUCCUCACUCUUGGACUUGACACUAUGUUCGCUACCAUCGAAACCAUCGUGACCUCCAUCUCGGACGAGUUCCCCAAGUACCUGCGCACUCACAAGCCGGUCUUUACUCUGGGCUGCUGCGUCUGUUUCUUCAUCAUGGGCUUCCCAAUGAUCACUCAGGGUGGAAUUUACAUGUUUCAGCUUGUGGACACGUACGCCGCCUCCUAUGCCCUCGUCAUCAUCGCCAUCUUUGAGCUCGUGGGGAUCUCCUAUGUGUACGGCUUGCAAAGGUUCUGUGAAGAUAUCGAGAUGAUGAUUGGAUUCCAGCCAAACAUUUUCUGGAAAGUCUGCUGGGCCUUUGUGACUCCGACCAUUUUAACUUUUAUCCUUUGCUUCAGCUUCUACCAGUGGGAGCCCAUGACCUAUGGCUCUUACCGCUACCCUAACUGGUCCAUGGUGCUUGGAUGGCUCAUGCUUGCCUGCUCCGUUAUCUGGAUCCCGAUCAUGUUUGUGAUAAAAAUGCACCUGGCUCCUGGCAGAUUUAUUGAGAGGCUGAAGUUGGUGUGCUCGCCACAGCCGGACUGGGGUCCCUUCUUAGCUCAGCACCGUGGGGAGCGUUACAAGAACAUGAUCGACCCCUUGGGGACCUCUUCGCUGGGACUCAAACUGCCAGUGAAGGAUUUGGAACUAGGCACCCAGUGCUAGUCUGAUGGCAUGGGAUGGCCAGACUUGAUUCUCUUUCUCCUCUCUGCCUUCCCCUGAUAGCUGUUUGCCCAUUUUUCGUCUUCCUUCUCCCCACAUCUCGGUUCAUACCCGUGCAUGAGAGUGAUGAUUUAGAAAAGUAGGACAUAGUGUUGCAUGCUGCAGCCAAGAGCUGGACAGAGCUUGGUUUGCCCGCGUCCACGCCGUCAGUUUCCAGUGGGGUUUGCCUCACAGGCUCGAGUCAAUGAGGGGAGCACCUCCCAGUGAAGUCACACGCAGAUGUUCAUGAGUUGGUCAGGAGAGCAGCAUCCUCUGUGAUUGUCACCGGUGAGGCCAGUCAGGCUGAUGCAGGAUAACCAGAUGGUUGGUUUGGACUCAUCUGAGCCACGUCGUGGUUUCGUUCAGGCACACAAAGUUCAGGGCAGGGUAUCUCUGGAGGGUUGGCAGUGGUCAGAAAAUGUUUUCAAUAAGAUGAGGCUGGUGGAUUCAGACACCCCCAAGGUGAUGAAGUGCCCAUUUCCAUUCAUGACUAGGGCUCUGUUUCCAUCAUUUGGAGCAGCUUUCUCAAAUACGCCAAGGACUCGCAUGCUUUCUCUCUGCAAGCUGAGAACCUCAAUGAAGAGUCGGCUCUGUUCCCUCAGUUGACUUUUUUUUUAAUGACCAUAGUUGUGAAUUCUUUGGGUCCUUUCCUCUACCUCUGCUUCAUGUUAUUUGUGCCUGAUAUCAUACAUUCAUACCAGAGUGCCCUUCUGGUUUCUCCAUACGUCGAACACCGUGGUCCAGCAUCAGCAUCCCAUAUGUCUUCUCUUCCAAAUGUCUUUCUACGAGCUGUAGUUACCUUGUCUCUCAACGUCUGGGAAACUGAGACUUACUCUGGUUCUGUCCAUGUGUUACACAUAUCAGACACAAACCCUCGAAAGACA